AUGCGUCUUGUACAGUUUCAAAAUGACAUUCCACCAACAUCACUCACAAAAGAUGAUUUAACUAUCAGUACAAUUCAUUUAGUUGAUCUCGCUGGUAGUGAACGUGUUAAUCGAGCGAAGACAGUCGGUGAACGAGUGAAAGAAGCAGGCAAUAUCAAUUCAUCACUGAUGGUUCUCCGACGAUGUUUUGAAAAUCUUCGAGAAAACCAGUCACAAGGAGCCAGCAAGAUAAGCUUGAUUUUCUAUCAUAUAUGGUCUCAAUGUGUUCGCCGCACUUGUUGUAGACGGUUUCACAUCAUGAAUCGAAGAUGA